UUGCGCGCGGCACUUGCAAGGAGAUCGCCGGCGUGGGAGCGGGACGGCGACACUCGCGCACCAAAUGGCCUGCGAUACCGUGAGUGCGAGAGGGACGGCGAUAGGUGCGCAGCUAGCCCCGAGCUCUAUGUAUUUAGUAGCUUUAAGAACUCGGACGGGCAAUUAUGGGCGUUAAGAGGCGAGUGCACGGCCAGCGUGACACGAGACACACGGCCGGCGAGACACACGGACACAUGGACACACGGACACACGGACGCCGAGAACGGCGGACAGUCCAAAGCGCACCUUAAGCCCAUUGUCAAACCGAUUACAAUAAACAAACAGCAGACGUUGGAAUCCUGUCAAACGGGCGACUUCGACCGUUGA